GCCCGCCCGCGCUCCCGGGAAGUCUCGCGAUGCGGUAGCCGGCUGCUCCUGCUGCGGGUGGCUCUGGCUGUUGCUGUGGUUGCCGGAGUUGCGGCGGCAGUGGCGGCGGCGGCGCUGGCGGGGGUGGCGGCCCCGGCGGAUGUUGACAUUGUGUUGUUGUUCCUGCCCACGGUAAUGGCGGCGGCGGCGGCGGCCGGGACCGGGUCUCCUCAGUAGCCAGAGCCGACCCUGCCGAGCGCCAGCUCCGCGGCCUCCGCGCCCGCAGCCUCGCCAGCCGUUCCCCGCGGCCGCUCCAGAGCCAGGGCCCCGGGCGGGGGGCUCGCAGGCGCGGGAUGGCGGAUUUCGAUGAGAUCUACGAGGAGGAGGAGGACGAGGAGCGGGCCCUGGAGGAGCAGCUGCUGAAGUACUCGCCCGACCCGGUGGUGGUCCGCGGCUCCGGUCACGUCACCGUAUUUGGAUUGAGCAACAAAUUUGAAUCAGAAUUCCCAUCUUCAUUAACUGGAAAGGUAGCUCCUGAAGAAUUUAAAGCCAGCAUCAACAGAGUUAACAGCUGUCUCAGGAAGAAUCUUCCUGUGAAUGUGCGGUGGUUGCUUUGUGGCUGCCUGUGCUGCUGCUGCACGUUAGGCUGCAGUAUGUGGCCAGUUAUUUGCCUCAGUAAAAGAACACGAAGAUCGAUCGAGAAGUUAUUAGAAUGGGAAAACAAUAGGUUAUACCACAAGCUGUGCUUGCACUGGAGACUGAGCAAAAGGAAAUGUGAAACGAACAACAUGAUGGAAUAUGCUUUGUGCUGGAUUCUUCCAGACAAAUGCGUCUUCCAUGUGGGCCAGUGUUCUGCUAAAUGCUCUCCGUUCUCCCUUUGCAAUCAAGACGAUGUUGCUAAGGAGAUUUCGCUUUUAUUGGUGCCAUUGGAGCUCUGAGCGAGUGACGCCAUCCGAAGCUGCUUGAAGAAGUGCAGCAUGUGAAAGCCCGAAAGACUGCUGUGGGGUACAUGUUUACAUGUGGGGUACAUGUUUACAUGUGGGGUACAUGUUUACACUUACCUUGUUCAGACCCUGUUCACAUGUUAACACAAACCAUGUGUUAUCUACAGUUGGUAGCAUGCUGGCCUAGCAUGCAUGAGACCCUGAGUUCAAUCACCUGCACCAUAUAAAUGGAAUUUAUAAACCCAGCACUGGGGAGGUGGAGGCAGGAGUAUCAGAAGUUCCAGGUAAUCCUCAGCUGUACAGUGAGUUCAAAGCCAGUCUGGGAUACGUGAAACAUGAAGAAUAAUGGAAACAUGAAAAAUUGCUAUAGCCGUCUGAGGAAAUUAAAAGUUGAUCCCAAAGGAAGCCCUUUGUAUCUACUGAGGUAUUUAGAGAUGAAAAUUCUAAUAGUUCGUUAGUUCGGCAAAAGAAAACCAUAAACUGAUGGCUCGUUAGUAGCCAGUGGUGCAGCAAGGUAAGCAGACCAUCUUGUGUCGCUGGGGAGUAGAAAUCUAGUUCCUCUGCCAUCAUCUUCAGUACAUUUCCCUCUGUGGGAGACGCCUGCUGACCACUGUGCUUACUCCAGAUGUUCAGACCAGACGUGGCACUUUUUGUCAGUUGUCAAGAAAUACUACAGUUUGGGGUUUUUUCCCUUAGAAUAUUUUUGCAUCUAGUUUGUCUUUCAACAUGGUAGUUCUGGCAGGAUCUGUCAGUGGUUUGUGAAUACGCUGGACCAUUUUUCUGUCACAUAAAACUAAAUGUAGUUUAUGCAGUAUAGCUCAGCUUGCUAGCUUAGCAUGUCCAAGGUCCUGUUUCCAGUCCUCGGCCUUCAUAAAACAAGCACACUGGCCCACCUGUAAUUCUGGCACUUGGGAAGUAGGGACAGGAAGAUUAGAAAUUCAGGGUCAUCCUUGGCUAUGUGGGGUUCAGAGUCAGCCUAGGUUAGAGAUCUUAUCUCAGAAAAUAAAGCUAAAGUUAAGAAUUCUAAGAAUAAUGAAAACACAGCUAAGGAUUGGAGGUGAAACAAGGUAUUUUAUGUGUGUUAAGAACUUAAAGAUUUUUCUGAGACUCAGUCUAAAAUUUUUACACUGGGGGAGUCCAGAAUCCUAGGGAGACAUUCCUCUCCAGGGCUGUAAGCUGUGCAUGGCACAGUUUCUUCUCUUCAGAAAAUGAAACAACAAACCCACCCAUCUCACAAAGAUAUGUAGAAUUUGACGGGCAUUAUUUCAAGGUUUUGAGCUCUGCAGAGCCAGCUUUCCAUCGCAGCCUACUCCUGGUAAUUUUUCUGGGUGGAGGCAGCAUGAGGGAUCAAGCCUCCGCCCUUAUGUGUGUACGAAGCAAGUACUCUACCACUCAGCUAUAGACCCCAUCCUGUUGGGUUAAAACUUUCUGGAAGGAAGUAAGAAUAAAUCAAGCACUCCGCCUUGA